AUGGCUCCAAAAAAGGCGCCCCCGCCGCCUGCCUCCGACGAAUCCUCGUCCGAAUCGGAUUACGACGAUUUGAAGCCGAAAAAGCCGUCAAAAAAAUCAAAAACGACAAAGGAUGAGCCGAGAAAAGAGCAGAAAACGCGUGACCAAGUACUGGAGGCGAGUAUUGAUUUUUUGGGCGAAUUUUAAAAUUUCCCACCGAAAGUUGGCUCAAAAAAUCUACAAAAUCAGGGGGGAAAUAGUGAAAACAGAAAAAAGUCCAAGUUUUGCAGGAGGCCGCCGCCGCAGUUUACGACCAAAACGAUUCGUACGUCGACGACCCGAGUGUGGACCUUUUUUCCAUUGUAAUAAAUUGUUUUUUGUGUUCAUCUUCCUGGUUUUGACGCCUAAAACGUUUGCAGAAACUGCCGGCACGUCCCGAAUUUCUGACGAAGCCGAAUCGCGAGAAUCGGCUCAUGAUUUCCGAUGUGGAGGUCGAGAACUUCAAGAGUUAUCACGGAAAAGCCAACAUCGGACCGUUUCACAAGGUUUGCGAUGGCAAAUUUUUUUUUUAAAACAGCAAAGAAAAAAUGAAAAAUUCCCUGAAAACAGUCUAAUUCUAUUCGAAAAUACUUCCAAAAAAAUUCUUUUUUUUUUGCAGAGUUUCACGUCGAUCAUCGGUCCGAACGGUUCGGGAAAAUCCAAUCUGAUCGACUCGUUGCUGUUCGUUUUCGGCUUUCGCGCCUCGAAAAUCCGUUCGACCAAAGUGUCGAAUUUGAUUCACAAAUCAAAAGGCCGCGAUCCGACGUCGUGCACAGUCACCAUCCAUUUUCAGCGAAUUGUCGAUAUUGUGAGAUUUUUUGACAUUUCUGGAUUAUUUAGUGAGAAUUCGAAUGUUUGCAGAACGAAACGUCAUUCAGCAUUAUCGAAAAGUCGAAUUUUUCAAUUUCCCGUACCGCGUAUCGCAACAACUCCAGCUCGUACGCCAUCAACGGAAGGGUUUGUCUUUCUUCCCAAAUAUCUGAAAAUUUGAGCUCUUUUCCAGGUCGCCUCAAAAAAUGAAGUCGAAGCGAAAUUGCGUUCUGUUGACAUUGACAUCGAACACAAUCGAUUCUUGAUUCUUCAGGUAACUGAAGCAAAUUCUCCCUAUUUUCUCCACGUUUUUCUCUCUUUUUCAGGGCGAAGUGGAGCAAAUUGCGAUGAUGAAGCCGGUGAAGCAGUCGCGAACAGAGACGGGAAUGGUCGAGUACCUCGAGGAUAUUAUCGGAUCAAAUCGUCUCGAGAAGUACGUGAAAAUGUUCCAGAAGCGAGCGAAUCGGCUGCUCGUUGAGCAAUCACAGCAGCGAAUAGUGCGGGAGCACGCGCGGAGCAGCAAAGUUGGCAUGGAGAAGCAGGUGCGCACGGCCGUCGAGUUUCUGAGCAAGGAGAACGAGGCGACCGCGUUCGAGAUGAAGUUGGAGCAACGACGCAGGUUAGCAUUAAUUUGUAUAAAAGACACCUAUAAAAUUGUCAUUUUAAGACUGAAAUUCAUGGAUAAGCUAGCUCCGAUGGAGGCGGAAAUUGCGGAAAAAGAGGCGCAAAUGAAAGAAAUUGCUGUAAAGCUGGAGGCGAACAGAGAAGAGUACAAAGAGGCAGAGGAGCUGGACCAAAAGUUAAGUAAAGAGAGAGCGGUGCUGGAUAGGGAAAUCGACAAAUUGACGAGAGAGAUGACGGAUUUAACGGCCGAAGAAAAGCGCCGAAAGGACACUUUGAAGCGCUACGAGGCGGAUAUUCGAAAAAAUGAGUUGGAAAAGGAGAAAGAGGAGAAAAGACGAGCGCUUUUGGAGGCGGCGCCCGCGAAAGCCGAGAAAAAGAUUGAGAAAUUGAGUGCCGAGGUGGAGGUGCUCAUGAGAACCGAACAGGCGGCCCAGGAGAUCGCCGACCGAAAUCUGCCGGAAUUCGGCGAGAAAACGAAAGAAUUCGAGGGCGAGCGCGACGAAAUUCAACAAGAAUGGGCGCGCCUGAACACGGAAUUCAACAAAAUACGGGCGGAGCAUCAGGUCGCGCGCGACGAGUUGGAGGACAUGCGAAAGUUGGCGAAUUCGGGCACGAAGAAACUCGACGAGCUGCGCGCACGACUGCAGACGGCCGAGGAGCGGAUCGAGCGGGAACGGGCCGAGCUGGAGGAGAUUGAGCCCAAGUACGAGGAGGCGGUGCAACGGAUGAAGUUUACCGAACAGAUGUUGCCGCAAUUGAAGGCCGAGUCCAGACAGAAGCAGCACGAGGUUUCAUUUUUUUGCAGACAUUUUAGACUUUCAACAUUCCCAAUCGUUCAGAUGGCUCGAAUGCGUGAUCGUCUGGACGAGCUCCAACAUCAGAACAAUUCGUGUGCGUCGGGAUCGCAAACGAUUCAAGCACUGAAUAAAAUGAAGGCCGAGGGCAAGAUUCCGACGUUCUACGGCCGACUCGGCGAUUUGGGCGUCGUGGAUCCAAAGUACGACGGCGCCAUUUCGACCAAUUUCGGCGCGCGGCUCAACUAUCUCAUCACGAGGACCGAAAAGGACGCCGCCGCUAUCAUUAGCUUCUUGACUGAGGUUUGCGCGCAUUUUUCGAAGAUUAUAGGAGAAGCCGGGAAUUUUAGCGCUAAUUUUGCUGUUUUUCACAAAAAAAAACGAUUACUGAAGCCCAAUACAUUUUGUCGGAAUUGGAGCGAAAGUAGCGCUAAAAUAAAGAUUUGUCAGCCGUAUCGGCGACUUUGCGAACCGGAGGGGCGGAUGUUGGAUUUUUAAUUGAAAAGUUCAACAAAAACAAAUGGAUUGCAGAAACAAAUGCCGCGUCACACGGUGCAACCUAUCGAAAAGAUCAUAUACGACGCGCGUUCGCUGGUGCCAGUGGCGCCGAACACGUUCCCAGGACCACGGGCGAUCGACCUAAUCGAGUGCGACGACGAGCUGCGGCCGGCGUUCUGGGACAUGCUCGGCACGACGAUCGUGGCCGAGACCGUGCCGGAAGCCCUGAGGUUCAACAAACAUCCGGCGUGUCGCCACUCGCGCAUCAUCACUCUGGAGGGCUCGCUCGUCGCGCCGAAUGGAAACGUGACGGGCGGCGGACGGACGCAUCGCGGCGCCAUCCUCACCGACCGGAACAAGAAGCCGAAGCAAGUGAGCGACCGGGACCGCAUUGCCGAACGACAGCUCCGCGAGAGGCUCGAGGUGACCACUAUGGAGGCGAGGGGCCUUCGCGAUAGGGAGAUGCAGGUUUGUCGACUAGAAAAAUCCUGAAAAUAUUGAGAGAAGUGUAGGAUUUUUCGAAUAAAAACAAUUCGACACGUUUCGACAUAAAUCGUUUAUUAUAGACGGACAAGGACAAUUUCGACUCUCGUCGCUUAGUAGCCGACCUCGGAAACCGUAUGCAACUGCUGAAAUCGUCGGUGCAAUCGGAGGAAUCGUCAAUUUCGACGCUCAAAAAGACGAUUCAGGCGCAGGAGAAGGAAGCGGAAAAGGAGAAGGUGGAUGCGAACGAAUUGGACGCAAAACAGAAGCUCGUCGACGAGCUGGAACAGAGUAAGUGGGCGUUAAAAACAGAAACACCCUACUUUGACCAUUUUGCAAUAUUCCGAUCAAGCCCAAACUUUGCAGGCUUCUCGGACUUGGAUUGAAGUAUCUUGGGCCCAAUAUUCAGACCGAUCGGAUCAUCCGGUCCCGAAAUAUUUUGAGACCGAAAAGACCUGGUUUUUGCGAAACUUACGGCCUUUUUGAUCUCUGAUCUACAAAUCUCGAGACCGGAUGAUCGAACUGAAACUUGGACCCAAUAUACUUCAGACCAAGUCUAAAGUAUUGCAAGUGGGCCAAAAGUCCAGGCCUUAAAAAGCCUUAGAAAAGCCUGGACCUGAGUAAAAUUAGCAAAAACAAAUUUCUUCAGAGCGCAACAAGCUGGGCGAGAAGAACGAGCGAGCAAAGUCGCGUCAGGACGAGAUGCAGAGUAAACUGGACGAUUUGUUCCGCGAGAUGGUGCAACGGCACAAGGACGAGGCGAAGGAGGCGCAACAGAAGCGCAUAAAUAUGGAAAAGGAGAUGGCGAAGGAGAGGGGCUCGAUCGCCAAUUCCGACCAGAACAUUGCCAAGUGCGACGCGAAUCUGGCGAGAUUCGAGAAGGAAAUUGCGAAAAAGCAGAAAAUGUGCGACGAGUUGGCCGAAAAAGCGGUCGACGAGGAGGCAGUGGCCGAGAAACGCGCGAAAAUCGAGGAGAAGGAGGCGAAACGGACGGAAAUGGAGAAGGAAUAUGCGGAAGUGGCCAAGAGACAGUCGGAACUGACGGGCGCCGAGACAAAGUUCGAGGCGGAGCACAAGAAAGCGGGCGAGCACAUCGAGGAAGUGCGCGGCAAAAUGCACGGAUUCGAUGUGCGAUGCAAGGAGAUUCACAAAAAGGUCAGCGCGUUUUUGAAGUUUGUUGCCCUUUUUCAAAAAGAUUUUCGAUGAGUAACACUUCUUACAACUAAAAACCGUAAUUUCAGUUGCGCUCGAUGACGAUCAACCGCAUUCCGGUCUUUCAAUUUCUGACCAAGUCGGAGCGUCCGGAAGAAAUGGAAAUGCAGUUGGAGGAGCAGGAGAUGCCGGCGGCCGGCAACGAGAAUCUCAGUCCGGAGGAGGCGGAGAAACAGAAGAAGCACAUGGCGGCGGUGCUUUCGGACGCCGCAUACGCGAUGGAGUUUGAGAUCCGGCAGCGAGUGCUUCAGAACACGGAAAUGGUCGAAAACAUUGACGGAGACAAACAGAUGCACGUCGAGUUGCUGCCCGACGAGGAGGUACUCCUUUGUUGCAGGAAACUCAAAGUUUGAGAGGAUUUUGCUUCUUUCUGGCACUCUCGAAUUUCUUUAUUUACUGGAAUAUCAACGAGAGAAUUGCAGAUCCGCGCGUUGACGGACCGUGACGUCGAGGACCUCAAAUUCAAGUUGGCGACGGCGCAGGAGCAGUUGGACGUGCUGAAACAGAAGGUGGACGUCUCGUCGAUCGAUGCGUACAUCUCGAAAGUGAAGGUUUUCAACGAGGAAACUGUCAAAUUGGCGAUGAUCACUAACGAUUACCGCAAACAUCAUCUCGAGUUGCAACGCAUCAAAAAGAUGCGAUUGGAAGAGUUCCAUGUGCGUUUCUUCUAGAUUUUUACCAAGUUUUCAAUCUAAUAGAAGACACGCUUUUUGAAUUUGCAGUCGGCGUUCGAGUUCAUCGGCAAACAUCUGGUGGCCGUCUACAAAAUGCUCACCGACGGAGGAGACGCCAAACUCGAAUACAUUGACAAGGACGAUCCGUUUACGCAGGGAAUCAGCUUCAUGUUCGUACAUUUUUUCGGAAAUUUCGCCAUUGGAAGUCCUUUUAGAAAGAGCUUUGAAAAUCAGGGUGGUACGAUGGACUAUGUAACGCCAAAGAUUUUCUCGAGAUUCUUCAAACAAAUGUUUGCAGGGUUCGACCGGCGAAAAAGGCGUGGAAGCAGAUUCAGUACCUUUCAGGCGGUGAGAAAACGCUCUCCUCGCUGGCGCUCAUUUUCGCUCUUCACAUGUUCAGGUAUAUAUUUUUCACUGAUUUGUUUGACUAAAUAGACAUCAAUUUAUCAAUAAAACAUGUGUCAACCUGAAAUUUUUCAAUUUGCAGACCGACACCGUUCUACGUGAUGGACGAAAUCGACGCGGCGCUCGACUACCGCAACGUGUCGAUCAUUGCGCAGUACGUGAAGCAAAAGACGGAAAACGCGCAGUUUAUCAUCAUUUCGCUGCGAAACAACAUGUUCGAACUGGCGAAUCGGCUUGUCGGCAUCUACAAAGUGGACGGAUGCACGCACAACGUGGCCAUCGAUCCGUUGGCGGUCGCCGAGCACGCAAAGACCAUCUCCAUCAGUUUGGGACAGGUAACGCUCGCUUUGCAGAAUUUUUCAGAAGCCUUUUCCCGAAAAGUCAGAGAGUUGUCUAAAAAUCGCUAAAAAUUUGCAGGAAGCGUACACGAUGCCGGACGAGGUGACGACGCGGUUCCGCGAGUCGCAAAACCGUCAGAACAAGGAGAUGACGGCGCAGGAGAAGCAGUAUCCGAACUUCCCGUCCUCGUCGGAAAUCACGAAAGCGGAGAAGAUUGUGAGCGUGGAGGGACGCGUCCGCAAACAGCUGAACGACAAUAACACGAUCGCCGGAGCUUCUUCUUCUUAUUCCCAUUCCCGUCCCGUUUCGAAGGCCACCACGGCCCGUGGAGACAGCGAACGGCCCGGAACUUCUAACACCAACCGACCAGAGUCUCGCGCCAAUCGUACGUUUUUUGCAGGCGUUUUUUUUUCUGGGAAUUCUCUGGAUAAACAGUUGUUAUUAUAGAAAUGCGAAUUCCGGCUCCACGACUCGUGCCAAGGGCUAUCAGUGAUCCGACCGCCGCCACGUCACCUAGAACCGGAAGACGGACGCCGAGAAAAGAGAGAAAUGUCGAGGACGACGAUGUAAACGAUUUUCCAAUUUUUGGAAGGCUCCCUCGUUUUCUCAACUCGAUGUUUCGCAACCGGGCAUUUUGCAACUCACGUUUCGCAAUCGUCCCGGCUCAGCAUGGUUCUGACAUCCCAGUCUGGCCCGUAAAGUGACCAGCGAUUUGAGCCUGUCUGCAUUCUUCGUUUCAUGAAUUUCGCAUGAAAUAUCCGCAACACGCUGGUUGCGGAGUUGCGAAACGCAGCAGUUGCAAAACGAUAAUUUUCGAAACAUCACGUUGCGAAACGUAAGAGUUGCGAAAACGAAGGAAGUCUUUUUGAAAAUAAACAAAUGUGAUGUUACUUUAGCUCAACAAUGUUCACAUUCUGUUCAAAAUUUGCAGACAACUCCGCCGGCGAAACGCUCGAAUUCGACGUCUCAAAAUCGAAAAUCGCCGCGAAGUGCGAAGAAAACGGCGCAGAAAAAGCGGAAACCGACCGAUUCCGAAGAGGAUUCCGACUGA